AGUGAAGACGUGACAUAGUUUUAUAAUUACUAUUUACAUUAUUUUUUUUAUUUCAUCCAUUAUUAAAUUCAAGUGAAACUAAAAAUCAUUUUUUUUUUUAGAUUUAUGAUUUAUAUAGCAACUCGUUACGACAAAAUUUGGAAUGUUAGAGACCGCUAGUAGCACACACAAAUAGAGUAAAAAAAUUAAUUAAUUUCAAAGUAAAAUUAUAUAAUAUCAAAUAUAAUUCGACAAUAUACUUUAAAAAUAUUAGAAAUGAAUGAUUUUAAUUGUUUGUCUGGAUAAAGCUGGUUAAGCUACUUGUUAUUUGAUUAAGGGUUUUUUUUUUUAAUUUUUAGGGUAAUAUCUUUAACUAAAUACGAAUUGUAAUCAUUUGACGUAUCGUUGAAAAGAGUAGGUUAAGUGAGUGUUGGAAAAAUAAAUCGCGGCCUCAAAAAAAACACAUAGUAAAAUAAUAUUAACAUGAAUUAAAGUAGAGACAAUAGUGAUGGGAUCCAUGAUAUUUAUUGAAGUUAUUGAAUCUAAAUCAGAUAAAAAUAAAAUGAUGUGAAAAUUUUUCUAACUUAAAAAGAAUUAAGAGAAAAAUUCAGAAAAGUUUCCAUUCCCAUUUAGGGGUUUUAAAUUCAUACCUCAAGCACGAAAAACAUUAGUGUUACCGGCUUGGUAAACGAACGUCGUAUUCGUCAAUUAAUAAAAAUGAGAAUAUUAACAUGAAUAAAAAAUUUCUUUUCACGAGUAGAGACAAUAGUGAUGGGAUCCAUGAUAUUUUUUGAAGUUAUUGAAUCUUAAUGAGAUAAAAAUCAAAUAAUUUGAACAUUUUUUUCUAACUCAAAAAAUGCUAAAUAUUAAUAGCCACAGACGGAUGCGAACCUCGUAACCUUAGCGUAAAAGAUACAAGUGUUACCGAUUCGGCAACUGUUCGUCGCUUUCGGCGCAUGAUAAAAUUAGCAAUUCAAGCUAAGUCAAAUUUAAAAGUUGUUUUUUCGACUUUAAAAAAGCAAAAAAUUUAAAUAGGUUUAAUUUCUUAUGUCUUAUAAACUUUAAUCUAUGUCAAUUAAAUUAUAAAAUAUUCAUGAAAGUCAAUAUAUUACCCCCAUAAGAUAUUUGAAAAAGUUAUGGCAGUUUUAAGUACAAAAUACAUCCCGAUUGAAGGUGAUUUUUAAUACAAACAUUAGAUUAUUUGUUGAAUUUCGGCAGCCAUUUGCACAUAGAAGAUAAAGUGUCGGGACAAAUUUUUUUUUUCAUUUUAUAAUAAUUGACAUUAUCUUUGAUUUGAUAUAUGUGUAGUGGAUGCAGUAUUUCCAAAACAUUUUCAAAAGUUAAGUUGAAAAAGUUCUAUUUUUUAUACAAUGUUUCAAGUUUUGAACGCCCCCUAUAUAAGGGGAAAUUGUCCAAUUUUAAUAAAAAGUAUGUCAAUUAGAAUAUGUACUUAUAAUGUAUUUAGAAAAAAAAAAUUUAUGCUGAUACUUACAUUUUUCGAAAAGUUAUAGCAUUUUUAAGUUGAAAAUUUAAAAUCGAAAAUUUUAACACAAAAUUAGCGUUUUUUUAACUACGGCAGCCGUUUACAUGCAGAAGAUAAAGUGUCGGGACAAAAUUUUUUUUUUCAUUUUAUAAGCAUUAGAAAUUAACAUAUAGGUUUUUACAUAUAGGUAAUAAUUAAACAUAUGUAUAAAGAUCAAAAAAUUUCUGAAACAUUUUCAAAACUAAUAAUGACAAGUGACAUUAGUAUUAUUCAGCUUUUUUAUGAAUGAUAUCCUUAAAGUAAAUAAAAAACAUUAUUAUGCUAGUAAUAUAUCAAACUUCUUUAUUAUAAUAAGCAACCCAAGCUCUAACUUUUCAACAAUAUAAUUGAGUUGUAGCGCAAUUUUUAUGUGACGUAAUGUAAAAUCUAUGUGGCAACAAUUCUAUUUAAAGAAAAUUAUAAUAAUAUCACAGAUAUUUUAUAAAUUUUAGCUUUAUCAUUUCUAAAUGCAGAACAGAAUGAGUACGUGUCUUUUGAGACUUCAAAUUAUAUUUUGUUCAAAAAAUUUUGAAUCCAUCAUUUAUAAUUAUUUUUUAAAUGUUUUCAUUAAAAAUUGUCAAGAUAAUUUUUUUAUUAUUUUAUGUGAUUUUAUAUACUAAAACACACAAUACUACAAAAACAAAAAUAUUACAAUUAGAUAAAUUACUAAAUCAUCCGGGAUGGAAAAAUUUGAACGAUGUGUACUCUAUAAAAUAUUUGAAAAAAAAAUAUGAUCUUAAAAGUCUAAUUGAAAUACCUACAAAUCAGUCUAACUGUAUACAAAAGAUACGAGCCUUGACUAUAUAUCUUGGAUGUACAUAUGCUAAAGUUAUGAAUAAUCUUUUUUCAAUUAUUAUCAACAUGAUAACCAUUUGUUAUGAAAAAAUUCUUGGAGAACACGAUUUCUUAAAUGGAUGCAUUUAUACCGAAGAACUCAUAGACUUAAUAGCCACUUUUAUUGUUCCAACAGCAACAUUGAUGAAAAAUGCAAUGGACGCUUUAGAUUUAUUUCAUAACAUACCAUGGAUUACUUUUAUAAGGAAUCAAAAAAAUUACUACAUAAUGAGUCCUUUAUUAGAGACAAUAGCAAAUAUUCUUCAUAAAUUCAUAAACGAAACAUCUCUAUCACGUGACGAUAUAUCUACAUACUCUUGGAUAUUAGUUACUGUGUUUAAUUUUUUUCUUACAUUCAUUAAAAAUAUAAAAAAAGAAAUGUUAUACUAUUGUACAUUUGUACCUUAUGAUACGAAUUAUUUAUGGAAUGAAUGGAAUCAAGAAUAUAAAGUUAUUAUUGACCAAGGCAUAAAAUUAAUAUUUUUCAAAUUCUUAACAAGGAAAAUUAAAAAUUAUAUCAAGACAGAAAUUAUAGAAAAGUAUUUCCAACUGGGAUUUAAAUAUGAUUCAAUAACUGAAGAAACGUUUGUCCCAAAACCAAAGGAGCUAAUUGAUCUAGAUCAAGAAAUGGAAUUUAGAGCAACAGAUGAAGAACUUUCAGAGACAAUAGAAAUAGAUUUAUCAGAGUAGCUCAAUAUUUUUUUGCAUUUAUAUCGUAAUAGAUUACUGAAAUAGAAAUAAUAGUAAUCAUUUCCUACUAACUUUUGGUGUUUAAAAAGAUUCUACAAUUGAAAUAUUCAGAAGUUAAUUAAUUUUAAUGAUUUACUUUAACUAAAAGAAUUAAUCAAAACAAAGUUGUCAAAAACAUUUAUUCAAUUGAGCGUAUUAUAAAAUUUGAUUAUAUUUGUAAAAAUUAAUUGUUAAUUCAGGAGAAAAAAUAAUCAUUUUUUUUAGAAAUUAUUUAUAUACCAACAUGUUGCCAAAAAAAUUUGAAUAUUAUAAUCUAGUAAUAGCACACACAAAUAUAGUAAAUAUAUUAUGGAAUUACAAAGUAAAAUGAUUUAAUUUUGUAGUUGUAACCUAUCAUAUCAAACUGAAUUCGUCAAUAAAUACUUUGAAAACAUUAAAAAUGAAUGAUUUGAAUUGUCUGUAUUGAGAACGUGGGAUAAUUAACUGUUUAAUUGAUAGAUUAGAAUUUUGUUUUCAAUUUUUGAG